UGGCAUUUCACAUGAUUUCAUAACCUCAAACUUUUUGUUAUCUUUCGUUCAAACGGGUGUUAUCGUUUGAAUUUGUUUUUAAAUUAUAAGCGACAAAUUAAAAUAUAGUGAGUUCCACAAACAAAAUGUUACGAUUAUCACAGUUAAAAAAUGCAGUUACGUUAAUAAGAAAAAAUAAUGCAAAAUAUUACGGGACUCAGUUAUCAUCGAUAAACCCACAUGAAAAGUAUGAUGUAAUUGUGAUUGGAGGCGGACACGCUGGGACCGAAGCAUGUUCGGCCGCCGCUCGAAUGGGUGCAAAAACCCUGCUAUUGACCCAUAAAUUCAAUACAAUCGGCGAAAUGUCGUGUAAUCCAUCGUUUGGUGGCAUUGGAAAGGGUCAUUUGAUGCGUGAAAUCGAUGCAUUGGAUGGAGUUUGUGCACGUUGCUGUGAUAUUUCUGGCGUUCAAUACAAGGUAUUAAAUCGAAGGAAAGGGCCAGCUGUUUGGGGACCACGAGCACAAAUCGACCGGAAAUUAUACAAACAAGCCGUACAGAAUGAACUUUUAAACACACCGAAUUUAGAUAUAUUUUGCACAUCGGUCGAAGAUCUGCUGUUAAACGAGACUGAUGUCAAAGAUGGAGACGCUUCCAAGGCAUUGAAGAGAUGCCACGGAGUUUUGCUAAAAGAUGGCACGAAAAUUACGGCGAGAGCUGUAAUCAUUACUACAGGCACAUUUUUGCGAGGCCAAAUCAAUAUUGGACUCGACAUUCGGCCGGCAGGAAGAAUUGGCGAUGAACCAGCCAUUGGUCUUGCACAGAGCUUAGAAGCAUUGAAAUUUCGAAUGGGUCGUCUGAAAACGGGAACACCGCCCAGAAUUAAGAAAGACACAAUUGAUUUCUCUAAAUUGAGUGAACAACUCGGAGAUUCGCCGCCCGUUCCAUUUUCUUUUAUGAACGAUCGGGUUUGGAUCGAUGCCAAAGAUCAGUUGCCGUGCCAUCUGACAUACACACCACCAUCGAUAAAUGAAAUUAUCACGAAAAAUCUCCAUGUCAAUUAUCAUGUCACACAAGAUGCGAAUGGCCCACGGUAUUGUCCAUCGAUUGAAUCGAAAAUUUUGCGAUUCGGCCAUAAAACACAUCAAAUUUGGUUAGAGCCAGAGGGUUUCGAUAGUGAUUUGAUUUAUCCGAAUGGAUUGUCAUGCACGCUACCAGAAGAGCUUCAGUGGCAAUUAGUUCGAUCGUUGCCUGGUCUUGAAAAUGCUCAAAUAACACGACCAGGAUAUGGAGUCACAUAUGAUUAUGUGGAUCCACGUGAAGUAUACGCAACAUUGGAAACGAAAAAGGUCAAUGGUCUGUUUCUAGCUGGUCAGAUCAAUGGGACGACCGGGUACGAAGAGGCUGCGAGCCAGGGAAUUCUUGCCGGUGCCAACGCUGCCGCUGUUGUUGCAAAUGAAGAGCCGCUUACAUUAAGCCGAACUGAAGCUUACAUUGGCGUACUAGUCGAUGAUUUGACACAGCUCGGAACGACCGAGCCGUACAGAAUGUUCACAAGCCGUGCUGAAUUCCGAUUACUCCUUCGACCAGAUAACGCAGAUUUUCGGCUCACGGAGAAGGGUUUCAAAAUGGGCCUUGUGUCGAAGAAACGAUACGAACACAUGUGCGAAUCAAGAGAGAGGAUGGAAAAGGCAAUCGCUGGGCUCAAGUCAAUUCGGAAAAGUACGACCGAAUGGCGCGAACAAUUGGGCAAUGAGAAAACGCGAUCACAAGCAUUCAGCAAAUCUGCAUAUGAUAUGCUUUCAUUCACCAGUGACAAUGUAGAAGUUCAACAAAUUGCAAAUCUGCAUCCGGAAAUAUUAGGCUGGGUGAAAGAUGAUCGGAUAGUCUGCGAUCGCAUCAAGAUUGAAGCAAUGUACGAGCAUGCAAUAGAGUUGCAGGCAAAAGCCAUAGAAGAGGUGCGUCAGGAUGAAGGACUCCUCAUUCCAAGUGAUAUUGACUAUUCAGCUGACUCAUUAAGCAUGUCAGCAGAGGAACGUGAAAAACUAGCGAGGAUAGAGCCGCAGACAAUUGCAGCAGCAAGCAGAAUACAAGGCAUAACACCGAGUACCAUUGUUCGGCUUUUGAGAUAUGUUAAGCGAAAAAAUCAAUACGCUGCAAGCUGUUGAUUGUGAUUAGCAGAAGCAAAUAUCAAUGUCAUUAUUUAAAAUAAUUAUUUAAUCGCACGUCCAGAGACGUGCAUCACGCGAAAGAAAAAAAUGUCUAGAGACGUUAAUUGGUUGAUGAUUUUUGUCGAUAAGAGAAAAAUUUGUGAAAUAAAUAAGUGGAAAGAAGAUUAUUUUUAA